AUGACUUUGUUGGCCAAACCUUCAAGGUCAUAUGCGAACGUGGAUUAUGAUCCGAACGGAUUGAGUGCGGUGGGAAAUGCACCUUAUGGAUCAUCAUCCUCAACAUCCACCGGCAAGAAACUUCUGAAGAAGGAUAAGGAUCCCAAUAGGGUAGAAGGUGGAUUCAAGACGUAUCGACCUCCUCUUGCCGAAACGCAUCUUCGUCGACCAUUGGGAUAUGACCCCCAUCCUGAUUCUCAUUUCGCACCUUUACCACCUGCCUUCCACCUAAGUGGAAAACACAAGAAAGACGCCGCAUUAGCAGGACAGAGAGCAGAGCUGGAACAUAUCUUACAACCCGAAUACAAGUCUACAUACAGCUACGAUAUGGACGGUGACUCGUCCAGUAUAGCCGGUCCAUCAGGUCAUAAACAUCUAUCGAGUCGUACAGCCGGUGGACUAGAUAGGAAAGGUAAAUCACCAAUAUCGGCCGCACUGAGACCUUCUACCUCCAUAUCAAGCUUUCAUCAACAUUCCAAUAAUGGAUCAGCCGGUGCGAACGGUGGAGGACCAGGUAGGAAGAGCGGUUCGGGAAGUGGAGUGUAUAUCGAUUCUAAUGGGAAAUUACAUGAUACGGAAUUUGAUCCAUUUGGACAUAUAUCUGAAAUGUCCAGAGCGAAAUCCCGAAGAAGAAGUGCAUUUGGAUCAGAUAGGAGAAGAAGUAAAAAUGGAUCAUCAUCCAGUUCGUCAGAUUCAGGAAGUGAAGUUCAAGAUAAUAGCAAUAAUUAUGCGACUAGAAGAAGUACAGAUACGACCGGAAGAGAAAGGGAAGAAGAGGAGAUUAGGAAAAGGUUGGAAAUGGAGAGAAAGAGAUUGGAUGACGUUUCGGGUUAUGCGGCGGCUAGAAGAAGAAGUAUGAUGUCUGAUAGAUCUGGAAGACCUUCGACACCUUCGAUCAAAUCUACCAGUGAAGAUGGACAGGGACAAGUACCUAAUGGAUAUGGAGCACCAUCGAUAUAUACUACCACGUCAAGCCUUGCUCCAACAGCUAUGACGGGUAGAUCAAGAUCACAACAUGUACAUUACGUUCCAUCACCUCUCUCACCUACUUUCAGCGGCAAUCAAACUCCUUCGGUAUACUCUCGGACACCCCAGACAGCUUCGACGACGGAACAUAAAGUACAAGGUACCCCGCCUGAGAAAACAACCGAGAAUACUUCUACGAUAUCACACAAUAAAUUGCAUAAAGAGAGGGAAAGAGAGACAAAAUCGAAAGUCGAAGUUACGAAAGAUGGUUCAAAGAAGAUAACAGGAUUUGAUGCACCUGUAUCGCCGAUCCCACCUCAUACGCCAGUGAUGGAAAGUCCCAAUGGACAUUUGUUACCUCACGCACCAUUGACUUCGUCAUCUGGGAGGUUAAGUCCUGCAUUACCUAGGUCAAGUAUAGAUAGUAAGCGGGAGAGGAUUCCCAAACCUGCUGAAAGGCCAAGAGAAGAAUUGUUUCCUGAGACUCCAGCUCAAAUCAAGAAACGUGAAGAACGAGAGAGACGUUUGGGUAUCGGACAAACCGCUUCUUCUGCUGUCGGUUCUUCAAGGUUGCACAAUCGGUCUACGACGAGUGGUCAUAAUCAUAAUGGAUUAAUGGUCGAUACCAUCGCAGCAUCAGCAAGUUCCAAUGCAAGAGGGAAAUCUAGAAUCUUACCCGAGAUUGAAAUUGUAGAAGAUGAUGAUCCUCGAAUUGUUUUCCCUCCUGAAGGCAAAUCAACAAAGAUUCAAUCGAAACAUGACCACGUCAUUAGAGGACCUUUCUCACUUGCUCUUAAUGCUACUGGUGGAGGUGCCGGUUUCGGAGGGUCAGAAGCCGGUGAUUAUACCAGUGGAAGGAGGGGAAGCUCUUCUAGAUCUAUUGGAGGGGGUAGUGGACAUAACAAACCACCGUCUACGUUGGUAGACGAAGAUGGAGGAUACUUACCUUCAAGAUGGGCAUCGGGAGAUAAAAGUUUGAGAACGACCGAAGGGGAUAGAGAGAGGUAUAGACCUAUGGAAUGGGUUAGUGGAGGUGGAGCGGAGAUUAUAACUAAGAAUGAUGAGUGGCAUCCAUCGACGAAAGAUCAACUAAAGAGGAAUAUGAAAGAUAUAGCUACAAGUGCGAGAUUCAGUUUGUUCAGAACUAAAAAGAAGUUAUUGAGAAAAGCAGAAUUAUGA